GUCGGAAGGCGCGUCAGUCCAGAGUCAACCGUAGACGGCUGUUCUUACGACGGAUGUGACAAGGCCGUUUUUUCUCUCUGUCUCCUCUCCUUAACGUUCUCUUCUCUCUUUCUCAACGUUUUCCUUUUCCUUUUUUUUUUCUUUCACCUUUUUCCCCGUACCUUACGUCGCGUCAGUACGAGAUCGUUCGUCGUUCGUAUCAAUCGUGAUAUCGUUCUUCGUGAAACGUAUCAUCCGUUGAGAUAUUUCGGCGGCAAACGAGAAUAAGGACGAAAAACGCCGCGCAUUCGUGACGAUGAUCGUGAAAAGUGUGACAGUGCGCGAGCUUGGUUAAUAUCAAGCACGCAUUAAGAGAAAAUCACGGAUUUCAAGAGAACGUUUCGUCGUACACGUGAAAAUAAGAAACAAAAAGUACUUAGAAAGAGAGAGAGAGACAGAAAGAGAGAGAGAGAGAGAGAGACAGAAAGAGAGGGAGAGAGAGAGAGAGAGAGAAAGAGAGAGAGUAGUUAGAAAAGAAAAUGGCAGAAAGCGGAAAUGACAGGGGCAGUCGUGAAACUCGAGUGUCAUAAGAACGUAGAUCGCGUGGGAUCGAAAGAAAGGGAAGUGGAAGCAAUGAAACUUCUACGUGAAUCGUCGUUUUAUCCACCGCAGCAUCCACCUCCCGUUCUUAUUACUGGACGACCACCAUUCUCCUUGAAUCCUUGUUGCUGCUGUUUCUCUAACCGACUUUCUUUGUCAACCACUUUACGUUGCAUAAAAGGAUAAGAAAGGGUGGAUAAAGAAAAGGAAAGGAAAUAUCUCCAACGAAGUGAUUUAUAUUUUUCUCCCUUUAGCUUUUGUUCUAGACGAUUUUCUUAAACAAGAAAAAUUGAGAUUUUACGUAUUUGAAGAUCGAAAGAAAGAAAGAAAGAAAGAAAAAAAAAAAGAAAAGAAAAAAGAGGAAACGAAAACUCAGAAGAGGACAAGUGAAGAAGAACAAGUGAAUAUAGAAUAAGAAAAGGAAAUAUAUAGAUAGAAAAAAGAAGGAGAGAGUGAGAGAAAGAUAGAAAUAGAGGUAGAGAGUGGUAAAAGAGAGAGAAUAUAUUGUAAGUGAUAAAAAGAGCACUCGAAGGCGAGUGCAAGCGAGCUGCAUACGCUACGCAGGAUCAAAGUGAAGUGGCCGGUUCUCACUGAGAUGGCCUUCAUGAUGAAGAAGAAGAAGAAGUACGAAUUCUCGGUUGAGGUCGACCUCGAAGAACUCACCGCUGUGCCCUUCGUUAGUGCAGUGCUCUUCGCUAAACUCCGUUUACUCCAUGGGGGUUCUUUCGUUGGUCACUCCACUAGAGAAGAAGUUCAGGAGCAUACAGUCAGGUGGAACGCCAAGUUCGAGUUCUGUUGUAAAAUGAGUGCGAAUGCGUCUACCGGUGUUCUCGAUCCUUGCAUCUUAAGGAUAUCAGUGAGGAAGGAAUUGAAGGGAGGCAGGUCCUUCCAGAGGCUAGGAUUUACCGAUCUGAACCUCGCCGAAUUCGCAGGAGCUGGUCUCUGUCGAAGGAGGUGUCUCCUUGAAGGCUAUGACGCGAGACAUCGCCAGGAUAAUUCUAUGCUGAGAGUAGCUAUUAAGAUGAACAUACGUUCCGGGGAUAUACUCUUUAAAGUACCUUCGCCAUCGUUAAAACAGACUCAACUAGCAGUUCCUGGCGUCCCUGGAGUACCAGGAGUUACAGCCGACGAGGUGACCGUUGAAAGAUGUAGCAACCGAGAAGAUUACGUGUCCAGUGGCUCGUUGGCUGGUAGUAUAGCUAGCGCAAGCAGUGGUUUUGGUAGUCUUCCGAAGAAAAGGCCAGCACUUUUCUCAUCCGAACUACUCAGUGGGACGGAAACGUACGAUCCCAUGACCCUAAGCGAGAUCGUACCUUCGGCACUUCCGGUGGUUGAGGCAUUGACAGAAGCGCACACAGAAUCAGGCCAUUCGAGGAAUAGCAGCAAUACCAGUCAACUGAGCAAGGGAUCGGGAUACGGAUCCCUUAACUCGCACAGUCAGCACAGUAGACAGAGCAGUAGUGGUGACAGUGGCCAUAUUAGGUCACCCUCCUGGCCGGUAUGGGCACCACGUAUCCCGAAUCAUUCCCAAAAUCCUUGUAAUUUUCCAAAUGCGCGGCCUGAAACAUCCUUCGAACCAAGGCCACCGUCACCAACAUCGUCAAUGAUGCUCGUUGAUCCAAGAGUCAGAUUCUGGUCGACGUCUAGUCCUCUUUCCUCUCGGAUAACGAGAAACGGUACGGAAAAUCGUAGGAACACGACUACUACGGUUACGACGGUUACUACAACAAAAUCGAUGACAGUGAUGCCUGAGACAACGACGAUAACUAUUACAACUCAAACGAGAGAAACUAAAAAUGUCGAGGCAGCUGUCAAUCCUAAUGUUCAAUUUCCUAAUUUGGAUCUAACGGAAUCAAGCUCACAAAGAAAUGGAGUUAUAAGAAAUCGGACGAGUUCUAUUUUAUCGAACGACCAUUACGAAGAGACAACUACUGGACCUAGCACUGCUGUAUUUAGGGUACCCGGACCCCAUGACGUGCCGCGACACUCGCGAAAAAAUUAUGAAAGAAAUAGUUUCGAGGCACGUAACGAACGUAAUAGCUUAUCGAACUUAGGACAAUAUAACAGGAACGAACAACAAAUUAUAAGUCAGGUGAUCGUACCAAACGCAAAACCGAGAAUUGGUCAGCCCGGUUGGCGUGGUAUAUCGAAAACCUGUGAUUGCAUAGAAAAGGGAAAAACUAGUCCAGUUUUGCGAUUGGUAGAUCAGGCCAGGGCCGUAUCCUCUCCCGAUCCUCUCCAUAGGCCUGAUAAUCCUAGAGCAUCCCUACGCUCCGCGACGACGGCUCAAACCCUCAGGGGUAUCGGCGGAGGUCACCGGAAGUUGCUGGACGGGGCGGGGGGCAAGCUGGCUACGGUCGCCACCAGCCCAGCGGACUCCGAGGAGUCCUCCUUAGGGGUACCGGAAGUCGCUCCACCAAGCUCGCAGCACCGAAACAGCAUAACCCCACCAAACCCUUCAGGAGGUUCUGGUUUAAGUGAAACUGGAUCAUUGGAUCGUGCAAAGGCUGCAUUGGAACGACGGAAAAAGGCCGAAGAUGGUACAGGAAAUCCUAGCUUAUGCAGGAUCGAAGUUACCAGACCUAAUCCAGAUUCAUUGAUCGAUGAAUUAAUUAAAGCGACGAAUUUGGAACAAACGGAUCUCGAAAGUUCCGAGACAACCGGUUUGCAGUUGUUCAUCGCAAAGGAUGGAACAACAGCGUUGGGUAGUCACGAGGUGAAGAGCCAGAUGCCUGCGGGUGUGUUCAAGCAGGUGGUGAUGGAAGAAAACAAUAGGUAACACCAAGCCAUCACGUCAAGGCGGCAAUACGCUAGACAGGCCAGCACAACGUUCUCAUUGGCCUUGGUGCCUGAACUCAUCUACGAGGCUUACGAGCCACGGUAGUCAUGAUGGAGAACGACUUGUUUGUUGGGUCGAUUAUAAGAAGAAGAAAAAAGAAGGAGAGGAGGAAGAAGAAGAAGAAGAAGAACAACGUCGUCGUAAUGGUAUCUGAUAAAAAAUGAUCAGACUGUAAGAAACGACAACUUCCAUCUAGCGAGAGAAAGAGAGAGAGAGAGAGAGAAAGAAAGGGGGAGGAAGGGAAGGAAAAAUAUCUCUCUUUGAUUUUUGUUGUCUACUGUCAUCGACAAACGAAAGAAAAAAAAGUAAAAAAAAAAACAAAUUCUUGCGUUUUAACCACAGUAUUUCUUAAAAUAUGUAUAUGUUAUGUAUAUGUAUAUGUGUACAUAUGUAUAUAUACAUACAUAUACAUACACAUCUUCGUACACAUGAUUUUGUAUGCGUACGUACAAUUUUUCGUUUACAAUUAUUUAUAAUACUGUAAAAAAAAAUAAGAAAAAAGAAAGAUGAAAAUGUGAGGUUUAUUAUUAUUACUAUUGCUAUUAUUAUUAUUAUUAUUAUUAUUAUUAUUAUUAUUAUUAUUAUUAUUAUUAUUAUCAUUGUUAUUAUUAAGACGAUGACAUUUUCUUGCGAGAUGGAAGAAGCUUUUUGUGAGCAUUACGAAAAGGAAUAAAUCGAAGGAGAGAGAGAGAUAUUAUGGGAAAAAAGGAAAGAAAGAAUGAAUGAAUGAAUGAAUGAUUGAAUGAAUGAAUGAAUGAAUGAAUGAAUGAAUGAAUGAAUGAAUGAAUGAAUGAAUGAAAAACAAUAAUUCAAAAAUAUACACAUAUUUUCUUCCGUGAAACUGAAGCACAAUUGAUAUAUUAUUAUUAUUAUUAUUAUUAUUAUUAUUAUUAUUAUUAUUAUUAUUAUUAUUAUCAUUAUUAUUAUUAUUAUUAUUAUUAUUAUUAUUAUUAUUGUCGACCGUGCUUCAUGCGCGAGUGGAGCUUUAGUCAAUACAAUUUUUAGACGAGAGACUAUAAUGUCGUGAUAAUAAAUCAGCAUAUUAGUUUUAAGGAAAAUUAUGGAAAACACAAAAACAGGGGAAGUAGAUAUACAUAUAUAUAUAUAUAUGUAUGUAUAUAUGUAUAUGUAUAUAUAUAUGUACAUGUAUGUACAACAAUGGUUUGAUUAAUAAUUCUAAACAAGGUCCGACAAAACAUUCGACAAAUGUUUAUUAUUAUAAUUAUUAUUAUUAUUAUUAUUAUUAUUAUUAUUAUUAUUAUUAUUAACUACUAUUAUUGUUAUUUGUUGUUGUUGAAUACUGUAAUGCGGACUAAAGUUUUGGUGAUUAACAAGUGAUCAUUGUACAAAAAAGAAAAACAAAAGAAAAAGUUUGCGAUCAAAAAAUAUAUUUUUUUAUUAAUUUUUUCUUAUAUAAAAACGUAAUAAGAUAAGAUCAUCCGUUUUAUAUUUUCUUCAACACGCAUGGUGUGUGAUAUCUAUUCUCACACACAAGGAAUAUUAUUUAAUUUAAUUUAAUUUAAUUUAAUUGUAAUUAAUUUAACUUAAUUUAAUUUAAUUUUAUCUUAUUUAAAUUUAUUUUAGUUAAUUUGAUUCUUUUCCUUGGAAGUUUUACAAUAACAGCUAGUAUCCUAAUCGUUUAAUCAUGAAAAUAUUAUUUUUGUUAACUUUUAUUCCGCCUUACAGUAUCUCACUCGACUCUUUCCUAUCAUCAUUAUUAUCUCAUGUACACUUUUAUUUUAUUAUUUGAUUAUUUAUCGAGACAUCAUUAAGAGAAAAAUCUAUGGAACAUUGUAAUGAUACUUCUUAAAUGUCUUUUUGAAGCAAAAAUGAAAACGAGAAAAAAAGAGAGAAGAAAAAUCGUCCUUGGAAAAAAUCGGUGAACAUUAAAGAAAAAAUAAAGUAACAAAUAUAAAGAAGAAGAAGAAGAAGAAGAAAAGAAAAAAAAAAAGGAAAAGAAACGAACGAAAGAAUGAUGAAAGGGCGAAUGACUCCCUCGUUGUUCAUCGAACAUUUUCUUGCGGAGAAAGAAAAACGAAAACGAACAAAAAAAAAAUAAUAAUAAAAAAAAGAAAAGAUUGUCCGUUUAGAGAGAAAUCCCUUUUCGUCCGGUUUGAUUUGAUAACCGGCAACUCUAAUUCGUUUUAGCAAAACUUGUACAUAUAGUAUUUAGUAAUUGUUACAUAGCUAAAUGGCUGGUGUUAUAUACAACAUACGUUCUCUCCAUACUCACACAGAAAUAUACACACACAUACACACACACAAGAUACAUAAAAAAUAAUAAUCUAUAAGCGAUACAAUGUCCUUUUCAAAAAAAAGAACAAAAAAAAAAGACGACGAGGGCACAAGCGCUAUUUCGUGGUUUCGACUGAAAGUUGAAGAUGAAAAAGAAAAAGAAGAUGAAGAGAUAGAUGAGUUAAAUAAAAAAGAUAAAAAAGGAAAAAAAUGAAUAAAUACAAAAAUAAAAACGAAAGAAAGAGGAAGAUGAUGAUGAUGAUGAUGAUGAUGAUGAUGAUGAUAAUGAUGAUGAUGAUGAUUAUGAUGAUGAAAAUAAUAACGAAUGAAAUCCAUUAGGCAUAUAUACGUGUACAUAUAUACAUACAUAUAUAAUAUAAUAUAAAAAUUGCAAAUAUUAAGUCGAAUAUGUAAAAUAGUACUUCGAAGAUCUAUGGUAGAUCAUUGUGAAGUAUUAAAGUGGAUUGAUCACUUGUCGCUCCGUAAAUUUGAAAGUAUACAUUAUAUACUCGGAAAAGAAUGGUACAUGAUUCUUUGUUGGUUUUGAUGAAUAAAGAAAUUCCAAAAGAAAAGAAAAAGAGAGAAAAAAGAAAUAAAAAAAAGAGAAAUGAGCGAUCAAGAAUCGAUCGGUGGAAUUCAUGCGUACAAAGACAGAUUAAAAAUUUAAGAAAAAAAAAAGAAAUAAUAAAUAAAUAAAAAAAAAAUUAAUAAAAAAUAAGUCAAGACAAACAUUAGCUGAUGACGAUGAUAAUUAUGAUGAUCGUGAUUAUAAUGGUGAUGAUGAUAUCGAUGAUGAUGAGGGUGAUGAUGAUAAUGAUAAUGAUGAUGAUGAUGACGAUGAUGAUAAUGAUGAUGAUGAUGACGACGAUGAUGAUGAUGAUGAUGAUGAUGAUGAUGUUAUACUCGUGCUUUAUCACGCUUUUCGAUUGGGAUAACGAUUUAUCUAUUACUGUAAUUUUUUUUUGACGCCCUUUUUCGUCUCUCGUCUAUCUUUAUUAAUUUUAUAUAUAUAUAUAUAUAUAUAUAUAUAUAUAUAUAUAUAUAUAUAUGUAUAUAUAUAUGUAUAUGUAUGUGUGUAUAUAUAUAUAUAUAUUUCUUCAUUUGUAUUUGUUAUAUCUCGAUACUCGAACACGCCUCCGAAUAAUAUCUUCUUGAAUUUCUUGAUACGAUUAUUGCGUUUGAAAAUGGUGAAAUUAAAAUAAAAAUAAAAGUGAAAAUAAAAAAAGGAACAUGAAAUAAAAUUCGACUCGAUUGCGGCAAUAUAAUAUAAAAAUAUAUAUACAUAGACAUAUAUAUAUAUGUGUGUGUACGUGUGUAUAUAUAUAUAUAUAAUAUAUAUAUAUAUAUAUAUAUAUAUAUAUUUCAAUACUUCGUAAGAACUUUUUAUUUAUAUCUAUAUAUAAUACAAGACAAGAUGUAUAAUCAAAUUGAAACGUUCCUAAAUAUUUGUUUUUCACAUUAUUUACUAAACUUUGCCAUGCCGCGAUCGUUAUAUUAUAAACAAAUUUAUUUAAUUUAUUUAAUAACGAGUGUUCUCGAGAGAAAAAGAUAGAUAGAUAGAUAGAGAGAGAGACAGAGAGAGAGAGAGAGAGAGAGAGAGAAGUAUAAUAAGAUAGAUGUCUCUCGAGAAACGAAAGGUACUCUUCCUCGUUUUUGUCAUUAUUUUUUUUUCUUUUUUUUUUUUUUAUAAUAUACGACGAGCGUGUAGAAUGAUGUUAUCAUAACUAUUAUUAUAAUUAUAAUUAUAAUUAUAAUUAUAAUUAUUAUUUUGUUCUUUACUGCUACGAUGUACCGAGGUUAAAGUCACGCAAAACCUGUUGCGAGGAAAUUAUAUAUUAAAAAUAUAUAAAAAAGAAAGAGAGAGAGAGAGAGAGAGAGAGAGAAAGUACAUAAGUCACGUACACACGUGAUGCAUUGUAAAGAUAAACGAAAAAUAGGAAACAAGAAAAAAAAUCUGUGCAUUUCCUCGCGAGUAUUGUACAAAAGUUAUGUAAAAAAAAAAAAAAAGAAACAAAGAAAGAAACAAACAAACAAACAAACAAACAAAAUAGAAAAAAAAAGAAAACAAACAAACAGUUAAACUAAACAAAUUGAACAAACAAUUGCGAUGAUAAAAAGCGUAUGCCACGUUAACUUUUUUGCGCCUUGCCUCCUCGCCCCGUCGGAUAUUAAUUAUUGUGAUAUUUUAUGAUAAUGUGUAAUGAUAGUCCCGCUAUUAUCCCUGUAUUAUUAUUAUUAUUAUUAUUAUUAUUAUUAUUAUUAUUAUUGUAAAUUAUGGUUUUUUUUUACUAUGAAAAAAAUGGAAAACACUUGAGUGCGCAUUCGAUACACACCGAGACUCGCGGAUUGUAUUAUAAAAAAUGGCCACAAUUUUAUCCUUUUAUUUUGUUUCCCCUCCCUCUUUCUUUUUUCCUCUCGUUAACCCCACCACCCACCAUUCACUAUAUUCCCUAUACUACUCCUUUUUCUAAUAAUUUAUUAGAAAUCGACGUUUUGUUGGAUUCUUUUUUCGUUCUCUUUUUUUUUCUAUUAUUUUUUUCUAUUCUUUUCUUUUUUUCUUUCCUUCUUUCUUUUCCACCCUCCCUCCUCCCCCUAAGCCCUUACUCCUUUCUGUUCUUCGCGAGAUGGAUGUAAAACUUCCAUAAAUAUGUGCUGAUAAUAACACAUUUGAAAAUCAA